GUUGUGCGUAUUCCCGCAAUGCUGCACCUCGACCGCCGCAGAAGACUGCUCCUACUUAAAAUGAAGGUUCUUCUGAUUCAGAAGAAACGGAGAGAGAAGCGAAAGUGGUGGGUGCGACCGUCAUGGAGAGAACGGCACACCGAAAGCGAGUAUUUUACGACGAUGCAAAGAAUGCGUAACGGAGACGUAGAGUACUUUAAAAAGUACUACCGUAUGACGCCACAUCAAUUUGACUUCCUUCUAAGCCUCUUGCGCGAAGACCUUGAGAGGAAGCAUGUCAUCAGAGAGCCGAUAUGCCCUGCUGAGCGACUGGCCAUGACACUAAGGUACCUAUCAUCUGGUGACGUCAUGCAGGAUAUAGCCCUUUCAUUCCGAGUGGGCAUAUCAACGGCACGACUGGCUGUCCGAGUCACAUGCAGAGCACUUUGGAGCAGACUGCAGCCGCUAUACAUGCCGAAACCCAAUACUGCCACUUGGCUACAUGUCGCUGAGGGGUUCAGGCACACCUGGCAGUUUCCAAACUGCCUUGGAGCUGUCGACGGCAAACAUGUACAUAUCAAGUGCCCUGGGAAAUCUGGAAGCAUGUACUUUAACUACAAGGGCACUUACUCCAUUGUCCUUCUUGCUGUGGCUGACAGCAAUUACAAGUUUGUUGUUGUGGACGUGGGUGCCUAUGGCAAACAGAGUGACGGGGGAGUGCUGGAGCAGUCCAUAUUUGGGAGACUACUUGACGAAGGAAAGCUGCAGCUUCCCCGGGACCUGCCACUGCCGAAUACAACCCUGCCGGCUCCUUGCGUUUUCAUUGGCGAUGAGGCCUUCCAGCUCAGAACUGAUUUUAUGAGGCCAUACCCUGGGCGAGGAUUGGAGGCUCGCAAGAGAAUAUUCAACUACCGCCUGAGCAGAGCCAGAAGGUGCGUCGAGAAUGCAUUUGGCAUCCUGGUGACCCGCUGGAGAAUUCUGGAGAGAGCAAUGGGAGAAUGUCCUGAAAACGCAGAGGAGACGGUGAAGGCACUGUGCGUGCUACACAACUUCCUGAUGGAUGCCCGCACAGGGAGUGAUGACAUUUACUGUGGGCCCGGCUAUGCCGACUCUGUAAGCCCACAGGGUCAACGGCAGAGUGGCCAGUGGCGGCAGUUAGUUGUACAGCCACCCAUGCAGGUGGCCCGCACCAAGGCCCAUAACUUUGCCUGCAUGGCACGAUAUGUGAGAGAUAUAUAUCUGCAGUACUUCAACAGCGCUGCGGGGCAUGUGUCUUGGCAAGAUGCUGUGGUUUGA